GUCACGAUUAAUCGGUCGCUCGGCACAACGCAAUGUGCUUUUGACAGUCUGGCAACGCGGUUCAGCAACAGCUCGUGUUUGUUUACUAUGGUGCGCAUUAAAAAUCGUUAUAUAGCCGUACAAAUUGUACCAUAUGCACCGGUGAACACCCUCCGCCUCAACGACCAUACACUCACUAAAUGCUUGCUGCAAAAUGUUGAGAAAUAUUACGGAGUUUACGGGUUGGGUAUAUUGGAGCACGGCUUCCGUGUGAAAUACUGCAAUGAGCGCACUAAAAUUGCCAUCAUACGCUGUCUGCAUCGUGGACAACGCUAUGUGUCGAGUAUAUUGCCGCUGAUAACUUUGAUAGGAGAUGUGCGCGCUAAGUUCCGCACUCUAUACGUGGGUGCCACUAUUAUACAGUGCAACAAGUUUAUCAUCAAUCAUCAGCGACAGUUUUUGGAUCGCAUGAUGGGCCAAGUAGCAUCCGCAAAGGAACGUCAGGAUCUCUUCAAACGAGUGAUGGAGCUUGACAUGGACAGAUAGAUGUGACAGCUUUUAAGUUUAAAAUGAUUUAUAUAUACAUAAGAAUAGUACAUAGUUAUCUUAUAAAA